CGCGUUAAUAUCUAUCAAAUUAAUAAAAGACUUCUAAACUUACCGACCCGUUUUAAUUGGCCCACCGCUACAAAAGGCUCGCACGCCUGAACAGAAAAAAAAAAUCUUAACAGUGCAGGUAAUUAUGAGAAAAUGUGCAUCAAAUUGUGCUAUUUACAGAGUGCCGGAAAAUAAGAAUUAACCCUGUUCAGAGCGAUGAGCUCCAUCUUAUCACAGCUGCACACCAAGUAUGCAUCCAAGAUUUGGAAUGAGACUUUCCAGCUGGUUAGAAAAUGCAUGGACAAAUCCAGAGAUGACUCCGCACCCUGCCAACCGUUCGUUGCGGCUCUGGAAAGGCUCCAGGAGGAGUUUAAGGUGUCCUCCAUCAACGCCAUGAGAUCUCGUUUGGAGCUGGCGGCUCAACGACAAGGGAUGGGCUUCCACUUCACAGAGGCCACAUGCUACCUGACGGCUGACUUGUUCUACGUGGAGGCGGCGCUGCUGCCGUGCGGCGGCGUGGACGAGGUCAAGGUGGCGCCGCACGGGGGAGACCCUUCGAAGAGCGUGGUCCUCCUGCAGCCUCUCAGGUCAAAAGACUUUUCAGAGUUCUCCGCCAGGCUAAAAGACCUUGCGAGCCAGUAUGACAUCCCUGGAGACAACGAUGUAAAAUUCAAACUAUUCACGGCUUUCCAACACCUCGGGAAAGACAUGCAAGCCAUUUCGCAUUUGCCCAGAGUGGCCAGCGGCAACGGCAGCCGGCAGAUGGACGAUAUUAUUAAUGACAGCUUGUUUGGCUUUCUCCUCGCUGAACAAGCAGAUGGCCCUUUGACCAUCCAUUUCUACUCGCCACCAACCGGCGAAGCGAACAGAAGCGACAGAGUGAAUUUAGCGGACAAGCAGGCGGCCCGGGUGGCUGUGCGCUCCAGUCGCGUCUCACACAAACUUCAGAUGGCGUCAGUCGUCCCGCUGCCUUUACAACUUCACCCCGAGGGUUUUCCCAUCUUAUCCCCAACGAGCGAAGUAGCGCACGAGAUGUUUCCUGCCUGCUUUGUGCUCCGCCUAAAGCCAACCAUACCCACGCUGAGGUCUUUUGUAGACAAGAUCAACCAGGUUACCGGAGUUGCAGUACCAGACCACGACGUGCAGUGGGCGCAAUUUCACAAUCUUCUGGCUCGAGACUCGAUAAAUCACUGCAGUCCGGAUGAUGAAUUGGAUCGUUUUAGCGCUGCGGCAAGUACAGUCGAAAAAAGAUUUUUCCUCCCCAUGUUAACAUUGCAUUGUUAAAGAGAGCAAGCCACUUUCCAUUGCUCAACACGAACACGCAUGAACUGACCAAUAAUGUAAUUUUGUUGAAAAAAAAAGAAGAU